AUGUCUAAGGAGGAGCAGUCGCCGUGUAAAGUCAGCCUGGGUAGUGUGGGCAGCGUGGGAAGCGUGAGCUGCGUUGGCGCCGGCAAACACAAGGAGCGCAAGCCCAAGAAGCCGCACUACAUCCCGCGGCCGUGGGGCAAGCCCUACAACUACAAGUGCUUCCAGUGUCCCUUCACCUGCAUGGAGAAGUCCCAUCUGUACAACCACAUGAAGUACAGCCUGUGCAAGAACUCGCUGUCGCUGCUCAUCGACUCCGACUGGCCCUACAAGAAGGGCAACAUGCUCCACCACCCUGCUGACCAGCUGCGGUUGCAGCAGCAGCAGCAGCAGCAGCAGCAGACGGCCACGGUUCUGGCCCAACGUGGCAGCCGAAGCCCGAAUAAGGAGCACUCGGAGCGGGAGGCCAACACCGCCGCCGCCCCCUCCUUGGAGCACAGCCCCAGCAGGCCCACGGAGGAGGACAAAAGAGGGGAGGAGCCACGCUCAGAGGAGGGCAAAGCGUCGUCCAAUGGGCGGCCGGAGUCUGUCGCAGAAGGCGGAGAUGUGGGUGGAGCCAGACAUGCUAAGCAGGAAGCGGACGUGGUGAUGGCGGACGCCUUCUCUCUGGAGGAGCAGCUGCUGAGGGCGAGGUCCUUCGAGGUGGAGAACCGCCUGCGACAGUACCGACUGCCCAAGGCCUGCCUGUCCUCCGCCGCACCCACCCUGCUGCCCGACUCCUGGCGUCUGCUGGGCUGUCCCCCGUCGACACAGCAGGCCACCAAGCCCAAGCCCGAGGUGCCUUCUGCCGGGGACGGGAGGGGUGUAUCUUCGCUGCCGUGUUACCCGUCGGCUCCUCCUCUCCCCUCUGAGCCGCCGGCGUUCAACCUGUCUCUGCUGGGCCUGAGUUACCCGCUGGCGCCCGGCCUGUUCUCCUACCUCAACCCGGCCUCCACGCAGACGCACGCCCAGCUCACCACCCUGCCCUUCCUAACGCACCCGCACACACAGACCGACACGCGCACCCUGCUACCGCCACGCUUCUACUACCCCUUCCUUUGUGAGCACUCACUUGCCAACUCCUCUCCCUCCACCUUACACCCGGCUAAGACACUCAAGUCCCCACAGCUUUCCGGACAAGAUGCCUCCUCUGCCCCUACCACACCGCCCUACCCACCCAAGCUCAGCCUGUGGGGAGUGCCGGCCGUUCGGCAAACAUCCACACAGGCCUCACCCACAGCCUGGCCCUCGCCCGAGGGCAUCUCCCCAGAGCCGAGGCUCCGCGCUGGGGAUAAAUCCAAAUCAGGGGUGUGGGGUCUGGAGCAUGGACUCAAACGGCCUGCAGCACCCUCUGACUUGUCCGAGUGCCCAGCAGAGAAAAGGCCAGCGCUCGGAGGGCUCUCUCUGGACCUACUGAGGAGCCUGCACAGGAGCACACCCAGCGCUGCCAUGGCCACAGAGAAACUGCUUCUGCACAGCUCAGCGGACGAGUGGUACACAAACCUGAGGAGAGCCGUAUCUACGAGUCCCCCUAGAGAAGUUCUAGUCUCCCCCUCACCUGCAGCACGAGGAGGAGGAGGAGAGGGCGAGAAGGCAGAAAGGAGAGAGCAAACAGGGGAGGAUGACCGAGACCGAGACCGAGACAGGGAGGCCAUCUUGCUAGAGGAUCUAUCCAGUGCCCUGCAGGAGUACCAGCAGGCUGAGCAACGCGCCGCCUCCAUCUUGGCCCAGGACGGAGCCUCCUCCGCCCAGCUCCUGUGGGACCACCUCAGCCAGAUCCGCUCCCAGCUCUCCCACAUCACCCAGGCACUCCAACGGACGGCCCCCAGCGCCGAAGGACCCCUGGAUCUGUCUGUGAAAAGGGACCCGAUUGGUGUGACCCAGCUGACGCGAGACGGCAGCGCAUCGAUGCAAAGCAUGAUGGGAGAGAUGCUGAGGGAGGACAUGAGCAGUGGGUCGGACGAGGAAGAGGAGGAGGAGGAGGAGGAGCAGGAGAGGGAUGAGAGGGAGGAAGAAGAGGUGGAGGAUGGAGGGCGGGAACUGAAGGAGAAGAGGAAGCGAUCCCUCGACCUGCUGAUCAAGCUCAACCAAUCGGGCGUCAGCUUGGUGAAGGGAGGAGAGGGCGUGUGGCCGGGCAGGGCCACCAAGUGCGAGGCGGACUCCAGUGUUUUGCUUUGCCCAAAUUGCUGA